GCUCCUGCUGAAACAAGAGGGCGUAUGCUAAGUUGCCUAAGAGCACUGUGCAAUGCUGAUAUCAAAAUAGGCUUUGUCAUCGGCAAGGAUGUUUCUCUUCCUACUGUAAAUGUUCGAUCAGCCAAGAAUCCUCUCAAAGAUAUUGGAGGCGAAGCUGCCAUCAAAAGGCCAAUCCUCGCCUUUUUUUCCGGUUACAUGCACGGUCGAGCCCGUCCAAUUCUCCUGAAACAUUGGGGAAAAGAUCCUGACAUGAGAAUUUUCGAUCGUCUGCCUCAUGUCAAGGGAAACAAGAAUUACAUUGAGCAUAUGAAGAGCAGCAAGUAUUGCAUUUGCGCCCGAGGUUUUGCAGUGCACAGCCCCCGAGUUGUGGAAUCCAUUUUCUUCGAAUGUGUCCCGGUAAUUAUAUCUGACAACUACAUACCUCCAUUUUUUGAGGUUUUGAACUGGGAAUCCUUUGCUGUUUUCAUCUUAGAAAAGGAUAUUCCAAAUUUGAAGAGCAUACUGCUAUCUAUUCCUGAAGAGAAAUAUCUCGAGAUGUUAAAUGGCGUGAAACAGGUACAGAAACAUUUUCUUUGGCAUGCUGAGCCUGUAAAGUAUGAUUUGUUUCACAUGACUCUUCACUCAGUUUGGUACAACAGAGUUUUCAGGUUAAAUUUGGCAUAGGCUGUAUCCAGAGUUAAAUACUAACAUAUAGUCGUUUAGAAUUGCAGUUUUCUAGAAAUAAUAAUAUAAAACUCAAUGAAAAACUGAAAAUAUUUAA